UGCGGGCUGCGCUCCUCUGCAUCCUGUAGCUUUCGAAAUGUAGGCGCUGGCUUCCUGCCGCUGCUGUUGGAGAGAAAAAAAUUGCCGCGAUCAUUCGUUACUGCGUCGUCCGGGCGUCAAGCACACAACAUUUUCCUCCUGUGACGUCUCGCAUUGCCCGAAGGCAUCCAGAAAGAUAAUGUCCAAGCAGAAGCAUGCGUCCGGGGCAGCCCCUACUCGCAAGGAAGUGCGCCUCGCCCGGUGGUACUUUGGGGGCCUCGCCGGAUCCAUGGCUGCCUGCUUCACUCACCCCCUUGACCUGCUCAAGGUGCACUUGCAGACGCAGUCGGUGGGACGUGUCAGCCUGGUGGGCAGCACGGUGACCAUCAUCCGUCACCAGGGCGUGCUGGCCAUGUACAACGGCCUCAGCGCAUCCAUACUGCGACAGUUGACCUACUCGACGACACGCUUCGGCAUGUACGAGGUCGUUCGGCAGUACCUGGUCAAGCCAGGGGAGAACAUGAAGUUCUACCAGAAGAUCUUUGUCGCGGGCAUUGCGGGUGCCACUGGCGGCUUUGUCGGCACCCCAGCUGACAUGGUGAACGUCAGGAUGCAAAACGACAUCAAACUUCCCGUUGAAAACCGAAGAAACUACAAGAAUGCAGUAGAUGGCCUGUGGCGCGUCUACCGGCAAGAGGGAGCGCUCAAGCUUUUCUCCGGAGGUGGUGCGGCUACGGCUAGAGCUGUGCUCAUGACUAUCGGGCAGAUCUCAUUCUACGAGCAGAUCAAGCAAGCUCUGCUGUCGACUGGGUUUUUCGGCGACAACCUAACGACGCACUUUACCUCCAGCCUAAUGGCGGCUGGCAUAGCGACGACACUAACGCAGCCCUUGGACGUCAUGAAGACGAGAAUGAUGAAUGCUAAGCCAGGCGAAUACAGAAGUAUAUUGCACUGCGCCCUAGAAACAAAGAAAUUGGGAGUCAUGGCGUUCUUCAAGGGCUACAUCCCAGCGUUCGUGCGACUAGGCCCACACACCAUCCUGACUUGGAUCUUCCUCGAACAAAUGCGCCUCAAUUUCGGCAUAGUCCGGUACACGCAGUGAUCCGCCUCACACGCACACUCUGCCAUGCUUCAGCAUUCGCGCCAAGGGCGCACGACGCCGACUGUCGCAUCAACCGAGAGUCCACCAGCAAAAUGACUCGCCUGUCAACGCUGUUUACGAGUGACUGGCGUGGGCUUCUGGGCAAGGGAGAGGGGACUAGCUGUUAUUUCUCUAAUUCCGUCAAUCGUAUAUUGCUGCAUUCGCUGUUCACGCUCAGGAGAGUUUAUCGCUGCCUUCGCGCUUCUUGUAUGCUUUUACUAAUUCGCAUUAUUUUUUUACGCUGGCACUGUUGACUCGGUUUUCGUAGAUUGGUGCUUUUGAAGACAAAUUAUGUAAUGUUAUCGCAAGCCACAGGAUGAUAUUCUGUGCUUAAGUACGAGAGCGACACAAGGGACACAUCUGCUGUGUUGCCUUGACAACCGGUGUUUGUGCGCUUAAGCAUUUUGCACACUGCUUCUCCGAUAAUCAAACGGGAGCACUGUGUGCCUUCGAAUAUACUAUGCACGGACAUUAAGUUGAUGUAAGAUUACAAACCUGUGAUUACUGCUGCAAAUUAAAUAUUUAUGGACACGAACGGAAGCAGUUCGAAUACUGACAAAUUAUUAUUGUUUUUUUGAAUUGCACAAUAUCUGGAGUGAAAUACUUCAACCACCCAAAUCUUGAUGUUGAAAGUAAGAGUGGCAGCUUCAAGUGUUUUGAAGAUGUUAUUCCUUUCCUGAGAACUGUAUUGAUUUUUGUUUAUGCCUUGCACAGAGUAGAAAAUCCAUAAGGUGAAUAUCAUGCAUAAAACAUCCUUUAAUGAAUCUGUAGUGCGAAACGUCUGUACCAAGGUGACGUGUUUGGUCAGACAUUUUAUAUUUAUUUUGUGCAGCAUAACAUCUAAUUUAAAAUAUUUUUCCAUAUUUGUAGGUGUGCUCUAUUGAAAGCAUUCGUCACAAAAAGCAGUGUAGGCAACAACUUGAACUUUCGGUGAUAGAAAAUCUUGAUCAUUUAUUGUAAAUGUCAAGCUCCGUAAUUCUGUAAAGGAAAACGAAAUGUGUUGUAAAUGACAAAAUUAGAACUAUGCAGGAAAUGGAGAGGUUCUUCAAGGAGCUGAGUACUUCCUCUGAUAUUUUUAACAGGAAUCAAUCAAUAUUUUGUUUCAGUUUUUUUUGUAGACUAACUGCUAACGCACAUAAUAAGCCAUGGCACGAUAGCUAUUGAAUUAUUUUGGUUAAUUUAAUGUGUGCCAGAACUUUUCUGUGGUGCUUAGAGCACUUAAUGCAAAAGAAUAACAUCAAAUUGCUGUUUCUUUAUAUUUCACUAAAUAGAUAGUCAAAAAUAUGUGACGUCACGGCAAAUGGUGCGGGAAUUCCGAGGUGGUGUCGCCACCUGUAUUUUCUUUUUGCGCGUUUUCUCUCUUAUUAAGCGUCUUCUCGCAGCAAGCGUGGUGUUCUUGGUAUCAUGGAAGGCUAUUUACUAAUGCGAGAAAAAUCGUUUUGCUCUUUAGUGUCCCUUUAAGGUCAUGAUGAAUGCCAAGGAACUGAACUGAGACAAUAGUUCUUGUACCACGGUAAAUACGAGGUUAGCAUGAAUGUAAGCCUUUUCUCACAUGUGUGAAAAAAAUUACUUAAAAAGUCGGGAAGGCUUAGCUUUUUUGUUUUACAUCAGAAUGCAUGCACUGGUGAAUAAUUUUUACCUAUUAGCAUUGUUGAAGGUGGCAAUCCAUGCCAUGUCUUUCUGACUAAUGCUUUAAGUUUGCCAUGCUCCCUUUCUAAGUUAAGGCACAACGGUGAUCUAUCUAGUCAAAUCUGUGGGCAAAUUUAACAUUGCAAAGGGGUUUUAGGUCCUAGCUAUUUCUUGCACAAGAGAAAAAAAAGCCUCUCUUAAAUUAAAUUUGUAAACCUGUAAGCAUUUAGUUAGAGCAUUAAGUACUGUCACUGUUUGAAACGAAAAGGUAGUUUCUGUUCUGAGUGUUGGCAUUUGAUAAUAGCUACCUCUACAGUGGUGUUACAUAGAUGUGCAUGUCUUAAUGUUCUUCCUUCUCUAGGUAUGCAAAUACUCAAACCUCCAUAUAACUAACACGUAUAUAACGAAUUAUCGGUUGUAUUGAAGUAAAUGAAAAAUAGUCUUGCCGUAGAUGCAGUGUUGCAAAUAAGCGUUUAUAACGAAUUGUCGGAUAUAACGAAGUUAUUUUCGUGGCUGCUGUGACUGUUAUAAUGAAGUUUGAGUGUUAGUAGCACGUAGUUAUCAGCACUAGUUCUGGUAAAACAUGUUCACGUGUUAACAAGCAGUUAAAAUGUCUCAGCGUAAAUGUGUAGACAUUUUCUAAGUUCUAGGGCUGCCUUCAUGGCACAUUCUGAAUUUCCUUGUUUCCAUUAGAAAAAAAAUAUUUCAUGCUUGAAUGUGCAACAAAUGAACAAUGUUCAUCAGACGCUGUGGCUUGCGUUUGGCGAGUCCUGUAAACCAAUGCUUGCAUGCAGGUGCUAGUUGCUUAACUGUCGUGUCAUGUUGUACAAUGGAACUGUCUGUCGGCCUUUCAGUGAGAUCUGUCACGCACACCAUCUGACUAUAUGACAAUAUGUGACGAUACUAUAUGAAUAUGACAAUAUAUGAAUGUAUGACAAUAUGUGGUGCUCGCAAAUGGCAAGGCCUCCGGGAUUAUCGGUAGGCAUCCAAUCUUGAGGCCACGUUCAAUGUUAGCUGCAUUCUUACCCAUUAGACAAUUGUGUAGUGAGGGCUCUGUGUAUUGGCAUUGUUUCAAAUGUUGCCGUGUCGUAAUAGAAAUUUGAUAAACCUGCAUUUCCUUCAUGCCUGUCUAACUUGUAAUGCCACGUAUGGAUAGUUUGAAAGAUGGUGUGCAGGUUUUGGAGAUGGCACUUGUGAAAGCUGUUCAUAGCAUAUGAUGCAGUCACAAAUGUGAUGGAGUUUGUGAAUCAACGCACAUCAUGGUUUGAAAGCACAGAUAAAUUUGUGCGAAACCAGGUUGUGUUCUUGCAGCGCUCCAGGGCACAGUUUCAUAGCUGACAUAAGGGGUGUAUAAAAGUAGCUUUAAAGGCGAGGUGAUGUCUAGAGGUUAGCAGCUACGCAGGAACGCAAGCUUGUCGCUCUAAAUGUCCCAACUGCCUAAGAAGUGUGACCAGUUUGCACAUUCCAUUCAUGUGUGUAGAUUAGCAGACCCGGCAUGACCUGUCUUAGUGUCAUUGCAAAGUCUUUAAUGGAGUCAUCUUUCAUGAGUGUGAUCUAGAAGGUGAUCUUCCUACGUGAUUUCAUUUCUGACGGUUUCCUAGCAACGAUGCUUCAAAGGAUGCUCUAGUUACUUUUUUCAGAUAUUGGGCACUGUAAAAAACUGUGAGUUAUUUGACUAAACUAGUAUAACAUUUAAGGUUUAGCGUUCUGUUUUUGGUUCAUUAUUCUAGUACCAUGGUAGAAAUAAUUAAGGCAUGACAACUACGGCCAUCAUUCUCUUUGUAAGCACAGUUGCUUCUGUUUCCAUUGUAGUGUUAUGGUUGUGUUCACAUAAUCUGCAUCUUUACCUGUGUUUUUUUUUUUUUUUCGAAAGGGAAAAUGGAGUGCAAAGGAAUGUUGGUGUGUUGAUUAAUGUUCUGCAGAUGCUUAACUUUAGUACCUGAGUUGGUGAUGGGGCAUGCAUCCUCUCACGGAUUUGUUAAGUUUUUAUUUCUUUGUUCUUUAAUAACCUCUCAUUAAGAGUCACUUAAAGGUCAUAAAGCUUCUUUGUUAGCCACACAAGGUACCUUACUUCAAAAGUGUUACAUUUCAUUUAAGCAUCUCCUGCAUGUUAUGUCAGAGCUUUUAGUUUAGAAAAAUCUUGCGAACGAUUGUCAUUUAUUGGAUCAUGCGUACUGCCUUGUGGGCAGCCCUCACUGACAGCAGUUGGUGCUAAUGCAUAGCAGUGUUGACUAGUGAAAUCGCGUUCACCUUUAUCAUGGGAUUUCAAUUUGAUGCUGAGUGUCACCUACUUAAGUUGCCUUAUCUCAGGAUUACUUUGAAGGAUAUAAUUUUAGCUUUCAGGGCAAAGGACUUGGGAAAGGUACAGAUGUCAUCAAAGCUUCACACUAACUGAAAGCACUAUUUCUGAGCGCGUUUGGCUGUAAGGUGGUAUUUCCGAAGCAAAUGCAACCUGACUAUAAUUUAUGCAGUAGAAAAACGCACAUUGAAGGAAGGGCACAAAGAAACACUUUUAUAAUAAUCUCUAAGGAAAGUCUAAACGUGUUUCUCAAUAGACGUGAGUUGUGAUGAUAACUAAUUUGCACAUGCUUAUCUUGCAUUCUUGGAGCUGUUUUCAAAACAAGUACAUUUGUUUAGUAAGUUACAUCAAAGAAGCGUAACAGUUGUUUCAGCGUGUUUCAUGCAGUGUAUGUAAAACAUUUGCAAAUUGUUCUUUACUGAUAAUUUUUUGGCUUGAGUUGUCAGUUUGUGUUCAUUUGCAUGAAUGUGUUGAUUAGCUCAGCUAUUACCGUGCUCUGAAAAAUAGUUUCCUAACUUUCUAGAGUUUGCAUGCUGUAGAUGUGUAGAGGUGUAGGACAUACUGUGGGGUGAAGUGGUGCACUUCUCAGUUUGCAUAUUUUCCAGAGCAAGAGCCAAUGUCCAAAUAAACUCGACACGAAUGGCCAUGGCCACCUUCCUCUUCAUAAAAUUGUUUUCCAUCAGUUCUUGCAGACCUUCAGUUUUCACUUUUUCCUAAAAUGUGCUGAAAGAAGUUUAUUAGAUAUAGACGAAAAGACAGAUUGGAAGUUAAAGUACUCACACUUAGGGAAAUAUUUCUUUCUGACUAAAGUAAACUUUGCUAUUCAUAUUUUAGUCAACUAAGCUUAACUCACAACUAGCAGAAGUGCUCAACCUAUCUCAAUAGCCCUUUCUUGAUCUAUAAGACCCAGUUGUCAUAACAUAUGAAAUUGAUGUUGCCAUGUAAAAUGAACAGCAUCCACACUAGACCUUAAAUAAGUGGCUUGCCAUUGUAGGCAUCACUAUGGCCUAUCAAAUGGAGGUGUUGCUUUGUGUUCUGCUCAUUUGCACACUGGAUAUUGUUGCCUGUGUAUAGCAGUAUUGAAGUCUCACACGAUGUGUAGCUCACCGAUGCUUUUUGCUUGUGUUAAAGCUACAUGUAAUCACUCAGCAAGGGAAUUGUUGGAAGUUGCAACUUGGUGUACGUUGCGAGCCGAACAUCUGUGCUCAUUGCAAAGUGUGUACAACAGUGUUACUGUCUAGCUCAUGUUGCUCUGCACUUGUAGUGCUUGUAGUGUCAUGGAAGCUGUCUUUCAAAGAUCUAGAAAUAUAUGCCUAGAAAUGAAGCUGUAGAAAGGAACAGCUUGGUGGUGGUACUAUGACUGUUGUAGUGAGUUAUAGCAUUGCAUAGUUGUUGCCCCAGGAAUAGACUUAUAUACUGGGAAUACGGGGGCGUAGCCACGGGGGGUUGGGGGUUCAACCCCCCGCCCCGAAAUUUUUCAGUUUUGCUUGCGUAUAUAUGCACGCACACAUACAAAAACACGCACAAACAUACAUAAAGUGCGGUUGAACCCCCCCGAAAAAAUUUCUGGCUACGCCCCUGUGGGAAUAGCAUUAUAGCUACUAGACUGUAUUUGUAUCAAGGUGCCAGAAUUGCAAGGUAAAUAUAGAAGUGUAUGGAUUUAAAAACAGAAAAGCUCCAAACAGAGGAACAUAUGAAAUUGUCCAUGGCUUGCCUUGGUUGUAGAAAUUGUCAGUUGAUGUGUGCUUGCACCAUACUGUCUUUCUUCUGGGAAGGCCAGAAUCAUUAUUUUAAAGAUUUUUGUGCUUUUUGAAAUUUGGUAUGCCAUUGCAAAUAGACAAGUGCACAACACCAUAUAUGUGUUGUGUACGGGUAUUCUCAAAUGAUAUUACAGAUUAUCUUAACUGCUAUUCUCGUCUAGACAAGAAGGUCUCCAAUCCUAAAUUUCCUGAAUCAGUGUUGAGUACUCAUAAGGUGCGAGUUGAGCAAGAGCUUACAGUGAAAUGUAGAUGCUGUGUUGACGUGCUGUUGUUUCAAAACUACUGUGCUUCAUUUCAUAAUAGCGGGGUAUAUUUAAGCGUACCUGUGCAUAAAAGCACUGCUUUCAUUGGCAUACGGUCUCUCGACUAUGUGCUUCAUGUGGUAAUCUGUUAUUUAUCAUGAAGCAUCAGAUCUCGCUGAAAGCAGGUGAGCAAGCAACAAGUUCUGAACAUAGUGUGAUUCCUUGAGGUUAUGUAAGAGAUAAGGCUGUGUUGUUUGCAUAAGAAAAUUAGAUAAUGAGUAAGCUGUUUCAGAAUGUAUAGCACUAAGUAAAACUAUUUAGUUUGAUGAGCAUUUGUGACUAUAAACGGUGGCUGUUUUCUGUUGCCAUAUCUAGAUGUGCAUGAGCAUCGCCUUAAGCGAAAUGGAUGUUGUUGGCUAUAGUUUGUGAGCUGUAUACAUGGAGGUGGUGCUAACCAUCUAGUCAGUAGCGUUAAGUGCUAAAUCAGUGGUGCACUUUUCUGGAGUAUUUCACCCGGUUUUGGUGCAUCUAAUUUAUGUUUAACAAUCAUUGCGUUGCACUCCUGGUAAUAGAAAUGUUCCUGUAACGUACUAAUUACAAUGGAUACAUUAUGGUAUUCAUUUUGCCAAUGGCAACUGCAUUGCAACCGGGCAGCAUGAAAUAGACAUGCCGUUUCUUGAUGUGUUCUGAAUGAAAAUAUGAUAGAAAUGUGCUCCAUGCAGUUGUUGCUGAGCCUUUGCUUGUGGUUCUGUGAGGUGUUGUGUAAGGUAUUCUGGUACAGCGUUAUAUACCACGGUUUUAUGGGCUAUCACGAGUGCUCCGGUGUUUUCCGCCAUGGCCACUACUAUGCCUUUGAUGGCUUGGUAUUUGUCUGUGGAAAUGUGAGCAUUUCACCACUUCUUUGAAGAACUCCAGCGUCACAUGAAGGACGUGUGUGAUGGUAUGCCAUCAAAUCUGUUUCUUUGGCUUUGUUCAGUUUUUAGAGGGACAGAGAUAAAACAUAAGUAUGGACAUACCGCAGAUGACUCCAUGGUUUUCACCUGUACGCAUUGUCUGUUGAUUAUUGUGAAACGGAAAACAUAAGUAUAUUUUUGGAACACGAUCUUUCUCUUGUUAAAAGUUGGCCCGAAGAUCAUUCUAUAUUUUUUCUUUUGUUUGGGUUGCCCUAUUGUGUACUAGGGUGGGACGUGUUAAGGCACAAAAAUAGCGCUUGCGUAAAUGUAUUUUUGUACAGUGUCGCCCUGUUACGCAAUAAUAAAUGUUGUCGUGGUGUUGA